GCUUUUAAGCAACCCUGAUUUUGAAUAGUUCCAUUUCCUGUUUGCUCCGCGUGUAAUACACUCUUUCCUAUCGUACUUUUGCCGGACUAAGUUGGCUGUAGUGUACGACGAUGCAAAUCUUCGUUAAAACCCUCACGGGUAAGACCAUCACUCUUGAGGUCGAACCGUCGGAUACCAUCGAAAAUGUCAAAGCCAAGAUUCAGGACAAAGAAGGAAUUCCUCCAGAUCAACAGCGUUUGAUCUUUGCCGGCAAGCAAUUGGAAGAUGGGCGCACUCUUUCCGAUUACAAUAUCCAAAAAGAGUCUACAUUGCACUUGGUGCUCCGCCUUCGCGGUGGUGCCAAGAAACGCAAGAAGAAGAAUUACUCCACCCCCAAGAAAAUCAAGCACAAGAGGAAGAAGGUCAAGCUAGCUGUCUUGAAAUACUACAAGGUUGAUGAGAAUGGCAAAAUCCAUCGUCUGCGACGUGAAUGUCCCGGAGAGAAUUGUGGUGCUGGAGUCUUUAUGGCUGCUCAUGAGGAUCGUCAUUACUGCGGCAAAUGCAACUUGACUUUUGUGUUCAGCAAACCAGAAGAAAAGUAAUAGGACGACGCAUUUAGUGAGGCAUCAAUUAGAACAGUGUCAUUCAAUCAAUAAAAUGCAUUGAUAACUAA